GGGAAGGAUAGAGCGCCUGUCCGUUGCUCCCCGCGCCACUGGGCGGGGGCUGCCGGCUCUCGGGUGAUGCGCUGUCUGCGCCUCGCGCCACGCUGCUCCGCCGGGCUGGGGCCCAGCGUGGAUGCCACGGGACUGCUGAGUCUUGAAAGCCCGUGAAGCGCUGGCCGGCGUCGGGGCCCUUGCUGGCCCGCGGGAGUGGGAUGGAGGCGGCGGGAGGGGACGCGGAGUAGCCGGCGCCUUCGCUCCCCCGCCCCCAGUGGCUCGCACCUCUGUCCGGGCCCUGGCGCUCCGCGGCGCAGGGACGCGGCGGGAGGGGUCCCCGGGGCUGCCAUGGAGGUGCCCGACGUCAAGGACUUCCAGUGGAAGCGCCUGGCGCCACUGCCCAGCCGCCGGGUCUACUGCUCCCUGCUGGAGACUGGGGGGCAGGUCUAUGCCAUCGGGGGAUGUGACGACAAUGGUGUCCCCAGGGACUGCUUUGAGGUCUACUCCCCCGAGGCUGACCAGUGGACCGCCCUGCCCCCGUUGCCCACUGCCCGGGCUGGGGUGGCCAUCAUCGCUCUGGGGAAGAGGAUCAUGGUGAUCGGGGGUGUGGGCAUUAACCAGCUGCCCCUGAAGGUUGUGGAGAUGUACAACAUCGAUGAGGGCAAGUGGAAGAAGAGGAGCGUGCUGCGCGAGGCCGCCAUGGGCAUUUCUGUCACGGCCAAAGAUUACCGAGUGUACGCGGCAGGCGGGAUGGGCCUAGACCUCCGUCCGCACAACCACCUUCAACACUAUGACAUGCUCAAGGACAUGUGGGUGUCGCUAGCACCCAUGCCCACCCCGAGAUAUGCUGCCACCUCUUUCCUUCGAGGUUCCAAGAUCUAUGUGCUGGGGGGACGACAGUCCAAGUAUGCCGUCAACGCCUUUGAGGUCUUUGACAUUGAGACUCGGUCCUGGACCAAGUUCCCCAACAUUCCCUGUAAACGGGCCUUCUCCAGCUUUGUGACGCUGGACGACCGCUUGUACAGCCUGGGAGGCCUGCGGCAGGGUCGGCUCUACCGGCAACCCAAGUUCCUCCGGACCGUGGACGUGUUUGACAUGGAGCAGGGGGGCUGGUUGAAGAUGGAGCGCUCCUUCUUCCUCAAGAAGCGGCGGGCAGACUUUGUGGCCGGCUCUCUGAGUGGACGGGUCGUAGUGGCCGGAGGACUUGGAAACCAACCCACAGUCCUGGAGACCGCAGAGGCGUUCCACCCAGGGAAGAACAAGUGGGAGGUGCUCCCGGCCAUGCCCACGCCCCGCUGUGCCUGCUCCAGCAUUGUCGUCAAGAACUGCCUCCUGGCCGUGGGGGGCGUCAACCAGGGUCUGAGCGACGCGGUGGAAGCCCUGUGCGUCUCGGACUCCUAGCUGUACUGGGCCCGGUGCCUUUGCCCUGGACCAGAUCACCUGACUCUUGACAAGAAAAAUGGUGUUGUCAACACAGUUUGGGCCCCUUCCAGACUCCAGCUCCUAUCAGCAGCCAGUGGGGGCCAGGUUCUGGGGCUUAAGUGACCUCCCUCAAGCUCCUAACCCUACCAGUUCUAGAAAACUAUAAGAAGUCCCGAUGACCGCCAGCCCCCGGUUGGAGCUCAGUGGCCCUCAGGGGAGAGUCCUCACUUACUGCUCAGGCAGAGAAAUGCACCUGCCCCUCUGUGAGCCCCGUCUCUCCCCAUCCCCAGGGUAGCUCUGACCCAGAGGAUGAGCUGCUGCUGCUGUCCUUUCCCCAGUGCUCAACUAGUGUCAGGGUCUCUUAAAAUGGAAAAUGGAGAAGGGUUGGGGGUUCCCAAAUGCCUCUGCCCUCCCUUGGUCUACAUCCCUUCCCCACCUGCUGGUCAGUUGUGAGGCUGCCCUGCUCAGCAAGAAUUGCCCUGAGAGCUGGAGGCAGCUGAGUUGGAAGGGAAGCUGUGGACCGAUCUGUGCGGUCAGCCUUGGCCAGGAAGGGCCCACGCCUCUCCAGGGUGUCGUGCGGGUGUGAUGCUGGGGAAGGAACAGACUCACAGCCCAGGCUCUGCUCACUCCUGCCACCCCUCGUCCCAAUAGCCCCAGAGCAUUUCUCUGUGAAACCUCAUUUACACUGUGGCAUCAAAAUCCACAAAGGAUGGAUUAAUUGCACUCUGGUUAACAGC